AUGGAUACGGACGAUUCUUUCUCCGUCAUCUCACCUCCCGCCAAGACAAAAAAGGCACCCGCCAAACCUCGCGCUGCAGGCACAACAAAAGCAGCUCCCAAAAAGAAGGCUGAGCCUUUGAAAGCUAGAAAGAGCAACGAAGCAGACGAAAAUGACAGUCAAGAUAUCGACAUGUUACCCGUCAACGGAAAUGGCAAAGCUGAGUCUUCAGCACAAGCAAGCGCUGUCAAUUCUUCGCGCAGCACCCCUGCACCAGGCAGCAAGAAAACAGCAACAGAGACAUACCAAAAGCUGUCACAAUUAGAGCAUGUCUUGCUACGUCCCGAUACAUACAUUGGAAGUGUAGAGCACCAUCAAGAAGAUAUGUGGGUCUUUGAUCCUGCCAAUCAAAGAAUGGCAUAUCGAAAGAUUUCAUACAUUCCCGGUUUCUACAAAAUCUUUGACGAAAUCCUUGUGAAUGCUGCUGACAACAAAGUCAGAGACACAUCAAUGGACACCAUCAAAGUGACAAUUGACAAAGAAGAAGGCUCCAUUAGCGUCUGGAACAAUGGACGCGGUAUCCCGAUCGAAAUCCACGAAAAGGAAGGCAUUUACAUUCCUGAAUUGAUUUUCGGUAACUUGUUGACUUCUUCAAACUACGAUGAUGCUGAAGACAAGGUCACCGGUGGUCGUAACGGUUACGGUGCCAAAUUAGCAAACAUCUAUAGUACAGAAUUCGUCGUCGAGACUGCUGAUAGCAACUCUGGUCAAAAAUACCGACAAGUCUUCUCAAACAAUAUGGGCACCCGUGGCAAGCCCAAGAUCACAAAAGCUACUGGCGCAAAAGACUUUACAUGCAUUACCUUCAAACCUGACUUCAAACGAUUCCACUUGGAAAAGAUCGAUGACGAUAUGGAGGCAUUGAUGAUGAAGCGUGUUUACGAUAUGGCUGGUACAGUGCGCGAUUGCAAGGUCUUUUUGAACGGAGAGCGCUUGAAGAUCAAAGGUUUCAAGCAAUACGUGGAAAUGUACAUCAAUGCCAUCAAUGAGUUGGGCGGAGGUACACAACCAAAAGAAGAGGACAUGGGUGCCGAUAUGAUUGCUAAGCCGAAGCAAUCUAUCAUUUAUGAAAGCAUCACUGAUCGUGGAAAAGUUUGGGAAGUCGCCUUUGCUGUUUCCGAUGGUGAGGCCAGACAAGUUUCAUUCGUGAACAACAUUGCAACGAUCAAAGGUGGUAAACAUGUGGAUUUGGUUGAAAAUCAAAUCGUCACAAGAAUUUCCGAAUAUGUCACCAAGAGCAAGAAAAAUACGGUCAAAUUAGCAGCAAUCAGAUCGCAAUUAUGGAUCUUUGUCAACUGUCAAAUCGUGAACCCUACAUUCGACAGUCAAACAAAGGAAAACAUGACAUUGAAAGCAAGUGCAUUCGGAAGCAAAUGGACCUUGACUGAUGCUCUUGCCAAGAAGAUCAUGAGCAGUGGUGUUGUUGACAAUGUGAUGCUUCACGCAAAAAUGCAACAAGAACGCGCUCUCAAGAAGACGGAUGGACAUAAGCGUAACCGUAUCACAGGUAUCACCAAGUUGGAGGACGCAAACAACGCUGGUACCCGAAAAGCCAGAGAAUGUACAUUGAUCUUGACAGAAGGAGACUCUGCCAAAGCAUUGGCUGUAGCAGGUCUUACAGAAGUGGGUCGUGACAAUUUCGGUGUUUUCCCGCUUCGUGGUAAAUUGCUCAACGUUCGUGAAGCAAGUCACGAUCAAAUCAUGAAGAAUGCUGAAAUCACAAACAUCAAGACCAUCAUGGGUCUUCAACACGGAAAAGUGUAUGAAUCUAUCGACAGUCUUCGUUAUGGUCGCUUGAUGAUCAUGACCGAUCAAGAUCACGAUGGAUCACACAUCAAAGGUUUGAUCAUCAAUUUCCUCGAUCACUUCUUCCCUUCUUUGUUGAAGCAACCUCAAUUUUUGGUUGAGUUUAUUACCCCGAUCGUCAAAUGCAAAAAGGGCAAUGUUGAAAAGACCUUCUUCACUAUGCCUGAAUACGAGGUGUGGAAAGAAGAAAACGCGCAAGGCAGAGGAUGGGCAAUCAAAUACUACAAGGGUCUGGGUACAUCCAAUGCACAAGACGGUAAGAAGUACUUCCGAGCAAUGAAUACCCACAUGCUUCCCUUCCAAACUACACAACCAGGUGAUCGUGAUUUGAUCGAUUUGGCAUUCAACAAGAAGAAAGCUGAUGACCGUAAAGAAUGGUUGCGUCAAUUCAAACCAGGCACUUUCUUGGACCAUUCAAUUGCCGAAGUUCCUUUGGCAGAUUUCAUUAACAAGGAGUUGAUCUUGUUCAGCAUGGCUGAUAACGCACGUAGUAUUCCAAGCGUCGUUGAUGGUUUGAAACCCGGUCAACGUAAAGUCAUGUUCUCUUGCUUUAAGAGAAAGCUCAAGGGCGAAAUCAAGGUCGGUUCCUUGUCCGGUUAUGUGUUGGAACAUGCAGCAUACCAUCACGGUGAAACAAGUUUGCAAAUGACUAUUGUCAAUUUGGCUCAAGAUUUUGUUGGAGCAAACAAUGUCAACAUCCUUUUGCCAAACGGUCAAUUCGGUACACGUAUGAUGGGAGGUAAAGAUGCUGCUUCUGCUCGUUACAUUUUCACAAACGUUGCAGAUAUCACACGUACCUUGUUCCACCCUGCCGAUGACGGACUUUUGAAUUACCUCAAUGAAGAUGGUCAAAGUAUUGAACCUGAAUGGUACAUUCCUUGUGUACCAUUGUUGUUGCUCAAUGGUAGUGAAGGUAUUGGUACUGGUUGGUCUUCUUACAUUCCAAACUACAAUCCAAAAGACGUUGUCGAGAAUAUCAAGAGACGCAUGAACGGCGAAGAGUACAUUCAAAUGCACCCUUGGUACCGUGGCUUCACAGGUCAAAUCAUUCCGGAAGACGCCAACCGUAACCGCUACAAAUGCUUGGGUACUGUGACACAAAGGGAUGAAAAGACGUGGGAGAUCACAGAAUUGCCCAUCAAAACCUGGACUUCAUCAUACAAAGAAGGUUUGGAAGAACGUGUCAUUGGUACUGACAAGGUUCCAGCAACAAUCAAGGAGUACAAAGAAUACCACACAGACACAACUGUUCACUUUGUGGUUGAGAUGAAUCCAAAGGGACAAGCUGAAAUCGCAGAGAAAGGUGCAGAAGCCUUCUUCAAGCUUUCAUCCCAAAUCUCCACUACAAACAUGGUCUUAUUCGAUCAUCAAGGAAAGAUUAAAAAGUACACUUCCCCCGAAGAGAUCUUGGACGAUUUCUAUCUCUUGCGUUUGGAGUACUACUCUAAGCGUAAAGACUUCCUCGUUGAUGACCUCAAGUUGCAAUACGAACGUCUGUCCAAUCAAGCUCGUUUCGUGCAAAUGAUCAUUAACAAACAACUUCAAAUUAACAACCGUAAACGCAAGGAAUUGGUGAGCGAACUGCGCGCAAAAGACUUCCGUCCAUUCCCACGUCAAGUCAAACCAAAGGUUGCUGCAGACGUUGACGCUGAUGAAGAAGAGGAAGAAGAUAUCGGAACGGAUUCGGAUUAUGAUUACCUUUUGAGUAUGGCAAUUUGGAAUCUCACGAAAGAAAAAGUUGAUAAGUUGUUGGCACAACGUGAUGAAAAAGAGAAAGAGCUUGAAACUCUGCUCAGACGUACACCGCAAAACCUUUGGGGUGAAGAUUUGCACAAGUUUGAAGAACAAUGGCAAGCUUUAUUGGACGAAGACGCUCGUCGUUUGGCCGAUGUUGGCAAUAACAAGCGUGGUCGUAAGAGUGGCGGUGGUGCUGGCACAAAGGCAAAAGCCGCAAAGCCACGCAAACAAGUCAAAAAGGAUGAAGAUGCUAUGAUUCUUGACGGUGAUGAUGACUUUGUCCUUGCUGAGAAGAGGCCUGCGGUUAAGAAAUCAUCAGGUGUAAAGCGUGAAGCAAGUGAAGCUGUUGGUGAUGAAAGCAAGCCAAGUGGCAGCAUGUCUGCUUCUAGCAGCAAGAAUGGCCUCAAAAAGCUCAAGCAAUCCAAGCUCGUGGCAGAUGACAGUGACGAUGAAGACGCCUAUUUGAUGCCUUCAAAGCCAAGCAAGAGUAAAUUGCCUGUCAAAGACGAAGAUGAUGAUGAUUUACUCGAUACCCCUCCAAAGAAGAGUCAACCUGCGCGUCAACGCAAGACAACAACAAAGUACAAGCAAGUCAUCUCGGACGAUGAAGAUGAUGACGCGAACGAUGACGAUGAGGAAUACAAUGAUGAUAGUGAUUAA